AUUUCCCUCCCUGCGCUUACUCCGUAUGAAUUGUCUGAACUUCUUUACUCCGUAUCCCUCUUGCUAGAACCUCUCCAUUGGAUCCCAUUGCGUCGUCGUUUCAGCAAUCACCAGGUCUUACGUCCAACGUCCAAACGUCUGUUCCUCCAUCUUGGCCAAUUAUCUACGAGUACCUUUGCUUGCAAGUCGGAUUCUGGAGAAGCCAUUCCGCAGUUUUUAGAAGUGACUGGGGCCGGACCACUAACAAAGUGCACUGCUUCCCCUUGACAUCUCUCUGACGCCUCAGCCUGCGCAUACACCUUUGCUGCUGUCAAUCUACACUUCACCAGCAGACCCAAAUCCCAGAUUCUGCUCCUUCCGUGCGUCAAUCGCGCAAAGUCAGUGCUUUUGCUUGCAGGAGCUGUCGCAGCACCCUCUCGUCGUCGACCUUUUGCACUUCGAAACUCAUCCGAACCCCAAGUUUCACCUCACUCUCACCCUCGUUCUCUCGCAACUCACCGAAGGCGCUGACCCUGCUUCUGCGACCACUGCGUCUGUCAAAUACAUCCUAGUCAUCGCAUCUCCAGCCCUACGGCUAUCUCGCCCCCUAGACUGCUAGUGCUCGUCAAAAGUCCUGGGCGCUCAGGGUUUCUUCAUUGCGACUCCGAUCCUUCCCUACCUAGUCUCCUUCCAAGCCCGAACGCUCUCGGACUAUCUGUCUCAGGCGUGAUUCAUACCGAGACAAGCACUUGUCUGAAUUUGAUUCAGACCAUAGUCGCCUGCGAUGGCUUCAAAGUUCCUGCGAGAAUACAAACUGGUGGUAGUAGGAGGGGGAGGUGUGGGAAAAUCAUGCUUAACCAUACAACUCAUACAAAGUCACUUUGUUGAUGAAUAUGACCCAACAAUUGAAGACUCAUACCGCAAGCAAUGCAUGAUCGAUGACGAAGUCGCCCUCCUUGAUGUCCUAGACACGGCCGGCCAAGAGGAAUAUUCUGCCAUGAGAGAACAGUACAUGAGGACAGGCGAAGGCUUCCUGCUCGUCUAUUCCAUAACGUCACGACAGUCCUUUGAAGAGAUCAUGACCUUCCAACAACAGAUUCUACGCGUCAAAGAUAAAGAUUACUUUCCCAUUAUCCUUGUGGGCAACAAGUGUGAUUUGGAGGGAGAACGAGCAGUAUCCAGAGAAGAAGGCGCACAACUGGCACAACAAUUUGGAUGCAAGUUCAUUGAAACAUCGGCCAAAUCACGAAUAAAUGUCGACAAUGCAUUCUAUGAUCUCGUACGAGAAAUCAGAAGAUACAACCGCGAAAUGUCAGGGUACUCCGGUGGCGCGCCUCCUCUCGGCGGCCACGGACCUGGCCAGAAGUUCGAGGUUGACAACCAGUCGGAUGGCGCGGGGUGCUGCAGCAGAUGUGUAGUGAUGUGAAGAACAUGGCGAUGCAGACGAUUAAAAAAAAGUUGAAAAUAUUGCUGAGCCUUUUCCACCAGCUCGGAGUUGAGAGCGUGACUCUAUGGCGCCAUGUUGAACGGAUUGACUGGGUUUGGUUUGCACUUUGGGGAGCGCCUAAAAAAGAAGGUCUUUUGCGAAUCAAGAAUUGAACAGGCUUGCACUUCGAAGGAAAAUGGACCUGGCAUUUUGUUAUUGGAAUGGGCAGUCAUAGAAAGCUGCCAAAUGCGUAUUUGAUUCUCUUGGGUGUGUGGGGGAGAGAGUCUUGCUGUGUUCAUCAGAAAAGUGGCUCGGAAGCAAUUCUUUGCAGACAUUAGGCGCACUAUUCCAGGACAGAAUUUUAUAUACUCUUACGUGUUAAUUUUACCAGC